AUCCUCCUGCAUCUGCCCAGGAUACCCACUCUGCCUGGUUCUUCAGGACUCAGGUUGGUGGGAGGUAGAGGCCAGCUCAGGUGGAAAGACGCCUUUGUGGGGAUCACAGGUACCACAGGGCAAUCCUCUCUUUGUUGUCUGCACAGAGAAAUUACCCAAACCCAACAUCAUAAUCAACAACUCCCAACCCAUGGAGGGUGAGGACUCUCUAGCAUUAACGUGUGAACCUGAGAUUAAUUAUGCGACCUACCUGUGGAAGAUAAACAAUCAGAUGAUCCCAGAUGGUGACAGGCUGAAGCUAUUCAACAACAACAGGACUCUCACUUUAUUUAAUGUCACAAGGAAUGACACAGGACCCUAUGAGUGUGAAAUCCAGAACCCAGUGAGUGCCAACCGCAGUGACCCACUCACCCUGAAUAUUUCCUAUGGCCCGGAUGCCCCCAUCAUAAACCCCCCAGAAUCACAUUUCCGUUCAGGGACAAAUCUCAACCUCUCCUGCCACGCAGACUCUAACCCGCCUGCUAAGUUCUCUUGGUUUUUCAAUGGGAGGCCCCUGGAAUCCACACAAGAGCUCUCAAUCCUCAACCUCUCUACAAAUAAUAGCGGAUCCUAUGUGUGUGUCGCCCAUAACUCUGUCACUAACCUCAAUAGGACCACAACCAAGAAUAUUACCAUCUCUGAAUCAUUGACAUCGCCCCACCUCACAGCUAGCAACACCAGGGUGGCAGAAGGGGACUCUGUGCAGCUGACCUGUGUCCCAAAUGACACUGAAAUCUCCAUCCAGUGGCUCUUCAAUAACAAUACCCUACAGCUCACAGACACAAUGCAGCUGUCCCUAAACAACAGCAUCCUGACCAUAAACUCAGUCAAGAAGAUGGAUGAGGGAGAGUAUCAUUGUCAAGUCUCCAACCAAGUCUUUUCCGAAAAGAGCAACCCCAUCACAUUGACUGUGAUCGGCGGAGAUGACAUCCCAGGUGAACACCCACCAGGUGGACUCUCACCUGGGGCCAUUGCCGGCAUCGUGAUUGGAGUCUUGGCUGGAGUGGGGCUGAUAGCAGGCCUGGGGUAUUUCCUGUUUUUCAGGAAGACUGGCGGGGCAAGCGACCAGCACGAUCUCACAGAGCACAUACCCUCAGCCUCCAACCACAGUCUGGGCCCCUCUGACCACUCUCCUGACAAGGGGGAUGAUGUUGCUUAUUCUUCUCUGAACUUCAACAUCCAGGAACCAACACAACCAACUUCACCCACCUCCCUGUCCCCGACAGCCACAGAAACUGUUUACUCUGAAUUGAAAAAGAAGUAAUGCAACCUGUUCUGCUCGCUGCACUGGUGAUGUGCUCCAAGUCUCAGCACCCUCACUAGGAGAUCUCUUGAGGGGGAGGGGGGAAGAAGUCCCUCCCCACCCCAUUACACACCUCCCUUCUGUGUCAACAAAUGGAAAGAACAUCCGGGAGUGUUCGGGCACACCAAUCUUCCUUCUUGUUGAAAUUUGGCAAAGUAGACUUUGGGAGAGAAUUGAAGGACCUUCCUGUCCCUCCGGGCUUCCUGACCUAGACUUGUUUUAAAUUUACUUAUCCAGAGUGUACCAAUUCCUUCCCAGCCCAGUCCUGACCUAUCAGAUUCUAACCUGAAUUUUCCAUAACCUUGAGAGUUAUGUCCUUUUCCACUUAAUUACUUAUGCCAGAAAAAAAGAGAGAGAGAAAGUAAAAGCAGUAGUAGUGGCUUUUCCAUUCUCUCCAAAACCCACCAUCCACAGGAAAAUCUAAUAUAUAACCAGUAGUGACCUGGGAAAGUCUAUAACUUUGUCCACUGUCAGGGUCGCCUACCUACAGGACCAGGGUCUGAGCACCUUGCUGCUUAGCUAGAAUACCACCUAAGCCCUUUGGCAGAACUGUUUCCAGAGAACCCACCAGAAAUAACUAGAAAAAUAUCUGCCAAGGUCCAUAGGUGAUUCCUAAAAAAAAAAAAAAAAAAAAUGCAAAAAUCACACCUAUGCCUUUAAUAUCUGGAUGGGUGUUAUUGAAGGAAGUGCCCAGAAAAGAAGAGAUUACAGCUUUUGCAGGGGGGAAAGAAAGCUUUUCAUAGACACAACCUGCUGAGAACUUGGAAAAGGAGUAGAGAGCUACUCUUCAUAAAUUAUUUAAAUUAUUGUUAAAGAAUGUGUAAUUGGGGGGUAUUGGGAGUUUUUUUUCCUCCUUUUCUGAUACUUUCUACCAUUUUAAUCUUUGUAACUGCUUACUUAUGUGAAUGGAAUUAUUCUUACUGGGCUUAGCUGUGUAGGCUGAUCAGACCGCCUGAGGUUAAAGAAGCCACCAAAAUGUCAACAGCCCUUGGCCAGAAGCCUCUGUGGCUUUUUUGACAAGAGCUCCAAAUAGAAAACAAGAAGAGGCUUUCCUCAUUCGUGCCAGGAAUGGACAAGUCACCAGCUCCUUCUCCAUGUUUCUGCCCGUGUGUUCUGUCCCUGUCUGCUGGCGUCCCUUAGGGUGUGUUUGGUCCUUAAAAAAUGGGAGCCUCUAAAGGGAACACCACUGCUCAUACCAAUGGCGUGGUUCAUGACCCAGAAAGCUGCACUGGUGCUAGUGCCCUUGGGACAUAAGGGCUGUGAGAGGGGGUUAGGCCAUAGUGGGGGAUAAGCUGGCCCUGGAUUUUCUGCUCUGAAACUUAUCUUUUCUCACAUAGGGUCAAUGAGUCCCCAUGUGUCUUAAGAUAAAAAUGAAAGACAGGAAAAGGAAAGGCAAAUGUGCUUCUCAUGCAGUCUUCUGCUACACAGAUGGACUCUCUUUGGGGAUAUGAAGGGAAAGGUUGUAUUUGAUAUUUGCUGCUUGAUCUCCUGCUCUGCCUAACAGGCCUCCUCCAAGAGAAUUCACUGGGAAUUCUCCUACUCAGGUACCUCUUCAGGGAUUUCCAGCCCUGACAGAGACUGUAUAUAGUUUCCCUCAUCCAUCCUGUGCUGGGUUAUUUAAUUUUGCCAGACUAAGGCCACUUCUGAAUUAUUUGUAAAAUUUGCUCUAUAUUUAUAAUAAAAAAAUCAUGUAUCAGACUUUCA